AUGGCGCUGCCCAAGAGCAUGCGCUACUUGGCAGCUGCAACCCUCUGCAUCUUCUUGUACCUCUUGGUGCAAUUGCUGCACUCUCCACAGACUGAGAUACAGCUCCCCGUCAGCAAGCCUUCGCCAUUCAAACCCGCUAGCAAAGACCAUGACCCCCAAUUGGACUCAUCGGGCGAACCCAUCGGCCCGCUACGCAGAGUCGAAGGCGACAACUACGACCCAGACAACCCCAACAGCGCGCGCAUCAAUGCGACCAUCCUGUCUUUGGUGCGCAAUGAGGAGCUCAAGGAUAUGUUGCAGAGCAUGGCCGACCUGGAGAGGACAUGGAACCACAAGUUCAAUUACCCAUGGACUUUCUUCAACGACAAGCCCUUCACCGAGGAGUUUAAGAGGAAGAUACGAGCAGCUACAAAUGCCGAGGUUCGAUUUGAAUUGGUCCCUGCCGAGCAUUGGGACAUUCCUUCCUGGAUCAACCCCGACCUCGUUCAAGAAUCCGUAAACCUCCUCGUUGGCCAAGGCGUGCAGUACAUGGAGAAGCAGUCAUACCAUCAGAUGUGUCGGUGGAACAGCGGCAUGUUCAGCGAGCAUCCAGCGCUCAAGGACGUUCAGUAUUACUGGCGCGUCGAGCCCAACGCUCACUUCUUCUGUGACGUCGACUACGAUGUCUUUCGUUGGAUGCAGGACCACAACAAGACAUAUGGCUUCAACAUCAACAUCUACGACAGCCCGGACAGCGUCGCAACGCUGUGGCCGGAGACGCAAAAGUUCCUCGCCGACCAUCCGGACUACGCACAUGCCAACAACGCCCGCGGGUGGCUGGAGGACGACACCAGGAGGCCUGAGAACAAUCGCAAAGCCAACGGCUACUCGACAUGCCAUUUCUGGUCCAACUUUGAAAUUGGCGACCUGAGUUUCUGGCGCAGCAAGAAGUACCGCGACUUCUUCAACCAUCUGGACCGCGCGGGUGGUUUCUUCUACGAGCGUUGGGGUGAUGCGCCUGUUCACAGCAUUGCGCUGGGCUUGUUCGAGGACAAGAGCAAGAUUCACUGGUUCCGCGACAUCGGAUAUCAACACAUUCCCUUCUUCAACUGCCCCACCAGUCCGAAGUGCUCAGGCUGCGUCGCAGGGCGUUUCACUGACGGAGACAAGUGGCUCAACCGAGAGGAUUGUCGGCCGCUAUGGUUUAAGUAUGUUGGCAUGGCCUGAACUCCGGGCCGUUUCAUGUGCAUAUGCAUUAAGGUGUAAUAAGGUGCAUCGUUGUGGCUCCAUACUUGGAGCUCAUAUAGAUCUAUCCGCCAUUUUCAAGAUCAUUCAUAUUUCAAAAUACAUGUGUCGUUCCAA